UAAUCUAGCAAGGAUAAAAUCAACCACAGUAGAGGAAAUUCUAUGUCAAAAUCUGUUAUUUUACUUUCAUCUCAUAAUGUAGAUUGGUAAUGCCUGCCUCUAUCUACUGUAUAUCGCGCAUAUCAGACAGGCGAGGCCGGUCUACAACUGGUGUAAUGACUAUUUUUAGUGCUUGCCCAACGGGAAAUACCAACCGAUUUAGGAACCCCACCGAUUUAGUAUGUACAACAUACACGUGUUGAUAAAUUAGUUAUAUGAAUUUCCAAUCACAAUUGGAAGCGCAACCUGUUUUAAACUCGAUGGCGACAGCAAAGUCUAUGGUUCUGAGUUCUGAGGUACAACAUCAGAUUCAGGCAGUAAUUUAUGGCCAGUGUGUGGGUGAUGCCAUUGGACUGUUGACGGAAUUCUUAACCAAACAAGAAGCUAAACAAUAUUAUGGAACAUUGAAAGAAAAUUUGGAAUACCAACACAAAGUCAUUGUUGAUGAUUUUCAUAGAGCGCGUUGGAAAGAGGGGGAUUGGACUGAUGACUCGGAUCAAAUGAUCCUCAUCCUACAAUCCAUCAUGGAUAACAAUGGAGAGGUGAAUUGUAAAGACAUUGCUGGUCGACUGAAGGAAUGGAUGUUAAAGGGAAUACCAGAGCUAGGGGACGCUGGGGGGCUGGGGAUUGGCCGAACCACACAGUCUGUCCUCCACCAGAAAAUUUUUUUAGAUGAUCCACAUGCAGCCUCUGAGCAUGUGUGGAGAGAGAGUCAGUGUUACUUGGCACCAAAUGGAGCUGUGAUGAGGACUUCUAUUUUAGGGGUGCAUAGAUUUGAAGAUCUGGAACAAGUGGCAAAAAAUGCAUCUGAAGUAGCCAAGGUUACACACUAUGAUCCCAGAUGUCAGGCUUCCUCUGUGGCUGUUUCUGUUGCCAUAGCAAUGAUGUUACAAAAAAACAGAAAACACAUUGACAAGACAGGACAUUACAAUAUCAGCCUCAUCAUCAAAGAUGCAUACGACUAUGCUGUCAAAUACAUCGUCACUGAGGAACAUAAAAAAGAACUCCUGAUGUAUAUGAAAUGUUCUGACAUAAAGAAACUUGAACUUGAUGGAGCAGGAAAAAUUGGCUACACUUUUAAGUCUAUGGGCUCAGCUUUUUGGGCACUCAAACAGAAAGAUUUCCGCAAGGCAAUUACCAAAAUAGUUUUGCAGGGAGGUGAUGCAGAUACCAAUGCCUGUGUGGCUGGUGCAAUGUUAGCAUGUAAACUUGGACUAGAAGCCAUCCCCAAGUCAUGGAGGGAAAAAUUACUACACAAAGAUUGGCUGGAUCAACAAAUAUCUAGGUAUUUUACAAUGAUAAAUGAAGGUACCAUGGAGAAAAAGGAACUAAAAAAUGAAGAAACGUAGAUCAGUGGAAGAUGGAUUUCACAUUUAUUUAACAUGUGCAGUGACUACUAGUAACAUAUAUAUACAUGGACUUAUAUAUGCAUGCAUGCAGUAGUCUUACAAAUAAUUAUGGUGUUCUAAAAACCAGUGUGUAGUAUGUAAAAAUAGUAUCUCUUUAGUGGAAUUUGAAUACAGUAAAUUACUAUAACAAAGUGCUAGGGACGGAUGAUUUUACUUACUUAUAAACAUAAUUCGUUACAUUUGUUCAGUAAACAACAUAUUCUAAAGCCAUGGGGAAUGAAAAUCACUUCUUGUAAGCAUCAAUUCAUUAUCUACAGUUAGGGCUGGCUAUUGGUUGGAAAUUUUGUAUAGCAAUAUAUUGCAAUAUUUUUAUCUGUAUUGCGAUAAGUAUCGCAAUAUUUUCAAUGACUUUUAAGAUGUUUUUUUUCCUUUUUUUUAAAUCCUUUAUCUAUAAGCAGAAUGCAUGUAACUACAUGUAUUAUAAUUACGUUGUCACAAGAAAAAACCUUGUUGAUUUCACUACAGUUUUGCAACAAAAUUCAUCCAUAAAACAACAACCUUACUGUCUGGCACGAUUGAAAACAUUUCUGACAUUAAAUUUUACACUUUACUUUAGAAAUCUAAAACCCAAGUAUUUUGCUGGUAUAUUGGUACUGAAAAAAAAUGCAUCGCAAUACGAUAUUUUUUGCUAACGAAUCUCAAUAUACCGGAAUAUAGAUAUUAUUGUGCAGCCCUAUCUACAGUUAAACUUUGCUAUCUCGAACAUGGAUAUCUUGAAUAUCAUGGAUAUGUCAAAGUGAUUUGGAAGUUCCAAGCACUUUUUCUCUUUUAAAAGUAUUUUACCCUCAAUAUAUCGAAUCGUCCAAUAUCUCGAAGUUAGUUCUCGGUCCCAUCAAGUUCGAGAUAAUGAGGUUUGACUGUAUAUAUCUAUCUACGGUAUCUCUCUCCCUCUCUCCCUCUCUCUCUAUAUAAAUAUACAGUCAAACCUUGUUAUCUCUAACUUGAAGGGACCGAGAAAAUACUUUGAGAAAACCGAGGAUUCAAGACAUCCAAGGUAAAAUACUUUCGGAAUAAGUAGUUGGGACUUCAAAAUGACUUCAACAUAUCCAUGGUAUUCAAGAUAUCUUUGUUUGAGAUACAGAAGUUCAACUG